AUAUAUACCGUACUGAAUUCGAAUGAAACAAUUGUGAAAGUUCGUGAGUUUAGGGGAGGCUACGAAUUAGAUAGCCAUCAUUGUCUGAUCGUGUGUGUCGAUUGAUCGGAGACUCUCAAAUCACGUGACUGCUGCUCUUCAAAAUGGUGGACCGACUGGUGAACAGUGAAGCCAACCAACGCCGUAUUGCACAUGUAGACCAAUGUUUUGGAGGCUCAAAACAGACUUUGGCUGUUCCCGGCAGAGUACUAGUUGGUGAGGGUGUCCUAACAAAGAUGUGUAGAAAGCGUCCUAAGUCGAGGCAGUUCUUUCUUUUCCAUGAUAUCUUAGUGUACGGAAAUAUUGUAAUAAAUAAGAAAAAGUAUAACAAACAGCAUAUUUUACCAUUAGAAGAUGUAAGACUAAAAUCCAUUGAAGAUGAAGGAAAUCAGAGGAAUGGUUGGCAGAUAAUUAGUACUAACAAAUCCUUCUCAGUGUAUGCUGCAACGGCCACAGAAAAAUCAGAAUGGAUGGCGCAUAUCAACAAAUGCAUUUCUGAUCUCAUAGUUAAAAGUGGGAAGAAGCCUGCAACUGAUUUAUGUCCUGUUUGGGUUCCUGACCAAGAUGCUUCAACUUGUAUGAACUGCGAUAAGUCAAAGUUCACAACAUUAAAUCGACGGCAUCACUGUAGAAAAUGUGGGCGUGUGGUUUGUGGCAAUUGUUCAACUAAAAAGUUUCUGCUGCCCACACAAUCCUCACGGCCACUGCGUGUAUGCGACACAUGCCAUGACCAACUAUCAACAGGGAAAGCAUCACAAAUGGAUGCUGUCAAUCCCCCUGCAGGUAGCAAAGCAGCAAGUGAGCCUAUUAUUGAUCACGAUUCAUCUGAAGACGAUGACGAGGAUAUGGAAGAUGAACAGGAAAAUAAUACAGAAAUCCGGCAGCCUACCUUCUAUGAGGGGAAUGAUGGCCAAUGACAGACGAGUGAAUAAGGAUUGUUUCUUAGGCAGCAGAUAAUCAGUAGGAAAGGAACACUACUUUUGCACAUAAAAAUUGGACCUGAAUCUUGCUCAUUAAAUUGGUGUUUACACUUGACAACUUGCAUUCAGAAAGUAGCCUUACAUGAUUAUAAUAUACACUAUAUUUAAGAUGCAUUUUGUACUAGAACUCGUAAACAUGCAAGUUGUCCAAAGACUUUAUAUUGUCUUCUGUUGUAUGUUGAAUUGCGUCCUUUACAGUACAGUUAAUAGGAUGGUAAUAUAGAGGUGACGGGACGAAGAUUACCAACCUCAAUGUCACUGACAUUAGGGUGUGAAGAAAAAUUAUUUCAAAUAAAUUAUACUUAAUAAAGUAGGGUUUUUUUUGCUCAUUUAUGAAUCGUUAUAGCUUGGUUCUACUUAACAUAUUAAUUGUAUUAAUUUUAAUUAACUUGUUAAAUUGAAUUUUCCUGGUUCAUUAGCAUAUUGUAAUUUAAUAUAUAUUUUGGUAUUCCUUUUGUUUUUGUUUUUUUAAUUUUUAUCCAUUUUCUUUUUUUUUGUCGUAUUAAUUGUCUUUAUCAGACUGUAUUGACGUCAUGGCUGUCUGGGUGGGAGAGGAAUAGGUAAGAAAAUCAUUUUACACCCCAUGAAUUUUCAAUUGAAGACUGAAAUUUAACUUGUAUUGCUUUCAUGGCAGUCUUAUAAUAUCUUGGCUGACAUGUGCUACAUCAUAUAAUUCUGUUUAAAUAAAAAGUAAACAAACCAUUGUUAGGUUUUUUUAAGGAUAUAUUUAUUAUAUAAAUUUGAAUGGUCUAUAUUAUAACAUUUAUCAAAUGAUUUAGUUGAUUAAAUAAGUCAUUAGAUUUGCAUGAUUUGUGUAGCAAUCCUGAUCAAAGGUGUAUAUCAAUUAUAUUAAGGUUAGUCUCUAAUGCAGAUGUUGGGUAGGUAAACCAACUAAUUAUUUUUAUUCUUCAAAAAAAAUCCCGGAAUAAAGGCUGAUUACCCCUAUGUUAUUUCAGAGGUUUUUAAUUGAAAAAACAAUUUGUUUGUUUUGUCAUCUUUUAAAUAUUAAUAGAAAUGACCAAAAAAAAAAAAAACACCAUUUAAACCAUUGCAAAUUAUAUUCAGUUGCUUAUAAAUAAUCAUGUAUUACUAUAUUAAAUAUGUGAAUAGAUUCAUAAUGUAA